GGACAAUAUAUUAUUUGUUUUAUUAAAAUUUUUCAAUAAAAAAUGAUCAAAUUGCGGUUUUUUUUAUUUUUGUUCCUCUCAAAGGUAUUUUUGUGUAUAUAAACAUCUCACUUUUUCCCUCGAAAAUGUAAAAUCAAAAUCCCAUAAAUUUCAACAAAAUCCCAACUUAUACCGUUGGGAUUUCAAGUGCUCCGAUGCCCAAUCAAACCUUUUCCCCCUUGGCGUUUCCUUCCGCCGAUGUCGACGCUGCUUCCACCUCUAUUUCCGACAUCCAUCCCGAUAUUCUCCGAACUCACAUCUUGACUCGUCUCGACGGCCCGGCACUCGCCUCCGCCGCCUGCACUUCCUCAGAACUCCACCGCCUCACUGCCGAGCCAAAACUAUGGUCGGCUAUCUGUCAUUCCACGUGGCCGUCGACCACCACGCCACGCCUUCACGCUCUGAUUUCGGAAUUUCCCGACGGUCCUCGAUCUUUCUUCUCCGAUUCCCUCCCUCGCGGCUCUAAUCAUUCUGAAACUUCCACCUCAUCUCCUACAUCGCCGGCGACAUACUGCCACCGUCGCCACCUACCACCGGAACUAAUCUCCGCCGUCGACAUCUACUACCGUGGAGAGAUGAUUUUCAGCAAAGUGGUAGAAACAGAGACCGUUUCCGGAUGGUUCCGUUGUUCUCCGUUUCGAAUCGAUAUGCUCGACCCAAAGGAUGUAGUUCCGACACCGAUUAAAUUUCCGAUUGGCGAGGGAAAUGCUUGCCGGGAGCUAGGGGAGGAUUUGACUUUAAGCUGGAUCGUGAUCGACGGUGCGGGAAGGAGAGCGAUGAAUCUGUCGAGUUACAGGGCAGUGAAGGUGGAGCAGCACUGGCUGAGCGGGGAGGUGCACGUGGAAUUCGGGACGGUGUUGGGUGGGGAAAAGGGAACGGCGGCGGAGUGGGUGAAGUGUGGGAUUGCGGUGACUUGUGGAGGAUGGGAGGGAGGGAAUUUGCAAGUGAGGGAAGUGAAUUUGCAGGUGGAAGACAUGGAUGGAACUUUUUUAGACGGGAAGGAUAGUCUGGUAAUUUUGGAGAGAGCAAUGGAGGGUAAAAAGGGAAGAAAAGGGAGAAAAAGGUUGAAUGAAUUUAUGGAGAAAAAAAGGGAAAGGAAGGAAAUGAAGGUCAGAAGAGAAGGGACUUUAGAUAUGAUGUGUUUGGCUUUUGGGUUUUUUGGCUUUGCUACUUUGUGUCUUUGUUUUUUGUUUAGAUGAACAAAACUAAAAGUAAACUCCAAUAGAAAAGAAAAAAACAACGAUGAUAUUUACUCUUUUUCUUUUGUCAUGAUAUAUAUGAUAAUACCGGUUAGGGCUACUUUUAAUUGGCUACAUAAACAAUACAAGUUAUUUCCAAAAA